UCUUUUUCCUCUUACUAUUAUUGUUUUACUUAUGAUCAUACCACCAUUGUUGUGGUAUUUUCUACAUGACAUUAAGCAUGAAUCAAGUCUUCUCCCACCGGGACCUCCAAGGUUUCCAAUACUUGGUAACUUGCACCAACUUAAUUUUUCAAAUCUCCAUACCCAUCUCUACCAACUCUCCAUCAAAUAUGGCCCUCUCAUGUCUCUCCGUCUAGGCUCCUUAACCGCCAUCGUUGUUUCUUCCGCAGAAUUCGCAAAAGAAGUUCUUAGCACCCACGACCGUGAACUCGCAGGCCGGCAUACAUUUUACGGCCAAAUGAAAAUAUCCUCUAAUGGAUUAGACGUGAUUUUCUCCCCUUAUGGAGAAUAUUGGAGGCAAAUGAGGAAGAUCGUUGUUCACCAUUUGCUAAGCGCCAAGAGAGUUGUCUCCUUUCGUCCUAUUCGCGAGGACGAAGUAUCUCGCACUAUCAACAUCAUCUCCCAGCUCUCGUCUCAAUCCAGGCCGGUUAAUGUAAGCGAGAUAUCCAUCUAUCUAGUCAAUUCCAUAAUAUGUAGAACUGCUUUUGGAAAGAGGUACGACGAUGAGUACAGUGACGAUAAGACCAAGAGUAAGUUCCAAGAUCUCUUGCAUGAACUUCAGGCAGUAUCGGCAGCAUUCUAUAUGCGCGAUUAUUUUCCUUACAUGGGUUGGGUUGAUAAUCUUGUGGGAAAAACGAGAUGGGCGGAUAAGGUUAGUAAAGAUCUAGAUUUGUUUCUCCAAGAAAUCAUUGACGAUCAUCUUGUGGAAAGAAAGAAUUAUGAACAUCAAGAGGACAUCACAGAUGUCUUUCUCCAACUUCAAGGGGACCACUCAUUUUCAGUGCACCUCACAAUGAAUCAUAUUAAAAGCCAGCUAACGGAUAUUUUGGUGGCUGGAACAGACACAAGCGCUGCUACUUUGGUAUGGGCAAUGAGUGAAUUAAUGAAGAACCCUAAAACCAUGAAUAAAGUCCAACAAGAAGUAAGAUCAAUCAAACAUGAGAAUAUCAAUGAUAAUCAUUCUCAAAUAUGUUGUCAAGUCCUUGAAGAUGAUCUUGAUAAACUAGUUUAUUUAAAGGCUGUAGUGAAAGAGACAUUAAGAUUGCAUCCUCCGGCACCACUUGGAGUCCCUCAUCUAGCAACUCAAACAUGCAAGAUAAAGGGAUACAAAAUUCAAUCGGGAGAUAUUAUCUUUGUGAACUUGUGGGCUAUUGGGAGAGAUCCCGAGUAUUGGGAAAACCCCCAAGAAUUUAGUCCCGAGAGAUUUCUAGAAAGUGCAAAGAAUAUUGAUUUUAGAGGGCAAGACUUUGGGCUUAUUCCUUUUGGGGCGGGUAGGAGAGGGUGUCCUGGAUUAAACCUAGGGGUUGCAAUUGUGGAGCUUGCACUGGCUAAUCUACUUUAUGAAUUUAAUUGGGAGCUUCCUCAUGGAAUGAAGAAGGAAGAUAUUGAUUCAGAUGUUAGACCGGGUAUUACCAUGCAUAAGAAAAAUGACCUAAUUCUUAUGGCGAAGAAUAUUUGUGAUGAAUAAUGGAUGAACUUAAUUUUAUGUUUGUGGGUGCCUUUUUAUUUUUAAUUUAAGAAAUAUAAAAAUGUUAAACAUUAUGAAAAACAAUUACUACAAUUGGAAGUAUUACUCAGCUCCAAUUGCUUAUGCGUCUU